AUGGCAAUACCAACAAAGUGAGCCAUCGCCCUGCUAACGGUGUCAUGGCGGUUUGACUUGUUGAAGGUUUUUUUUGCAAUAACUUGCAAGUUAAUGUGCUUUUAUUUUGUUUAAUCUUUAAUUUCUGUGCAGAAUAACUUCACAAUAUUAAAAUAGUUAAGAAUGCGUGAAUACAAAAUAGUCGUAUUAGGUAGUGGAGGCGUGGGAAAAUCCGCCCUGACAGUACAAUUUGUACAAGGCAUCUUUGUGGAGAAAUACGACCCCACCAUCGAAGACAGCUAUCGGAAACAAGUGGAAGUUGAUGGACAACAAUGUAUGCUCGAAAUCCUUGACACUGCCGGCACGGAGCAAUUUACAGCAAUGAGAGACUUAUAUAUGAAGAACGGCCAGGGUUUCGUGUUAGUGUAUUCGAUAACCGCACAAUCUACGUUCAACGAUCUCCAGGACUUGCGGGAGCAAAUCCUACGGGUGAAAGAUAAGGACGAUGUUCCUAUGGUGUUGGUCGGCAACAAGUGCGAUUUGGAGGCGGAGCGCGUGGUUGGCAAGCAGCAGGGAGCGAACCUCGCAAACCAUUUCAAUUGCGUCUUCAUGGAGACCUCCGCGAAGGCCAAAAUCAGUGUGAAUGAAGUGUUCUACGAUCUAGUGCGACAAAUCAACAAAAAGUCCCCCAAAGAGGAAAACAAAAAGAGGUCGAAAAAACCCUUAUGUCAACUCCUGUAAGGGCCGCGGCGCUUCCGACCCACUUAGGUAUUAAAUAUUUAAUAAUUUGAAAGACUUCUCGUACCCGGAUUUGGCUAUAGUUGGUUCCAAAAGUUACUAGAUCGGGUGAGCAUGGUUGGGUUUUGAUACCUACCAUAUCUAGAAUGUGCAUUUGUAAAGCUGAUGUAUCGUGAUCCAGUGCUUAAGAGUGAAAUGUGAGCAGACGUUAGAUCCAUACAGAUGGCUCCCUGCGUAAAUGUUACAGUUUGCUCCGUGUAUGAUAUAGUUAUUCGAGUACAUAUUACCAGUCUGUGCAUUUCACUCUAGAAAAUUCCAUGUGUAUUGUAUGAACGCUAAGUUCAGAAGUUUAUGCCAUCUUUGGUCCAAUGUAAUUGUUGUACUCAUUAAGCUGCAUUUUAUUAGGUAACAAAUUUUCUAUUGAAAUGAGAUUGUGGACUCUGAAUGUUUAUCAUGAGGAUGUGAUCCACAUUAAACUUUAAUGUUAAGUUCAGACAGUGUAACAGGAUAAUACAAAUAUAUAUAUGUAGCAGAAUAUAACUAUGACAUUAUUAUAACAAUUAGUCAAUCUUAGUAUUUUUUCUCUUUAGCUGUAAAUUCCAUCAUAGAUGCUCAUUUUGAUUAUUUAGUAAGCUAAACUUUUCAUGACAUGUUUUGUGCCUCUGCUUUGUGUAAUGAAAUAAAUUUUAUUAUUGCAAAUAUUCUCUAUAAUAGCUGUUAUUGUGGAUUGUAAAAAUUACCCAAUGUCUGAACUUGGUGUUAUGCUUAUGUAUAUUAAUGUUUAAAACUUCUGAACUUCAGAUGAAAGGUUAUAGUAGGCUCUAAAGAUGCCUAACUCAUGCCGUUGGGCCUGAAUCUAUGUAAAAUGUUUAUUGAUUAAGAAUACAUUGAAUUUUUCAGAUAUAUUAUUGUCUUGUUAUAUUCUACGAGUGUAUCGAUAGGAAGUUGAUGCAACACCAUUCGGGACUCUAUUGAACAAAUUUUAGUGAGCCUUAGGUGAUUGCACCCCCCAUGUAGUAUGUCCAGUGUCUAUAGACCCCAUAGGCACUCGCCAGACUGUAUUCCUUUAUAAAGUAUAAUAAAAAUCUAAAAAAAAUAUCGUUAUUGUACAUUGGAUAAAUUUUUAUGACUACUGGCUCAUUUAAAUGUAAAUUACUGACAUGUGUUGCUACUACUAAAAACCUUGUUAAAGUAAUAAUUAUAAUAGGUGUUCAAAUAUUGUUAUGGGAUUAGAUGUUUCCUCCCCUC